UUCAGCAUGUGAAUUGUGGCAUUGGAUAUAUUUCGUGCGAUAUAGGAGUUGUGCAUGAAAUCAUCGGAAAACAAAUGACGGUAAAGUCAAGAUUCGAGUGAGGGAGAGAAGGCCGGAUUACUCACGCGCCGACGGGGCCCCGUUAAUUCGAAAAGACGAUCGAACCGAGUGCACCGACUUUUAUUGAUCCAAUAAAGUGUUUGUUUUCGAUUGUCACUUUUGCCAACUAUCGCGAAAGUCUAGUGCUCCGUAUAUCGACUAAACGAUUAUUAAAGCAAUAAUUUACUAGAGCUGGCCUGCAGCACUGUCCUAUGCUUGCAGGUACUUGUCCGAGAGAUAAGCUCCGACUAACUUAUUACGUGUUUGAAUUGCAACGAUUGAUGGGUUUUUGCAAAGUUAAGUCCGCUAGAAUUUCGACGGAGUAAGCUCGUUGCUCGAAAUCAUAUCUUCACUCUGCGUGUUCUUAGCCGGUGGGAUGAAACCAACUUAACCUGGAAACGAUCAUACACAAAGGGACUACAUCGUAGAUGAUAUUAACCGAAUCAGCACUUUUCGAAAACUUCAAAAUGACGUCUACAAAGAAGAAUCACGAGUCGCGUCUUGAAAAAAUGAUUCUUUUUACAUUACUGUUUACUACGCUUUUGUAUUCUGUGAGUACUGCUGCUGUUAAUACACAAGUUAAGAAUGGAAUUAAAACUUUGAUGGAUCAUGCAAAUCAUUGUGACACAGUUAAAUUUGUGCUAGACUCUGUAACUCUAAGUUCAUGUAAAAACUUAACUCUGCCAGUUAAUCAAGAAGAUAAAACAGAUUUAAUGUGCAUUUUAAUGUUUGACAUUGCAGAAAAAACUUGCAUAUAUAAUAGUCAAUUGAAUACAUGGAAACGUGGAAGUAAUUAUGAAAUAAAAGUUCCAGAAACAGGACAAAUAUUUGAUCAAAGCAUAAAAGAACUUGAGCCAACUGGAAACAAAUUUGAGGAGUUCAUAGAAGAUAUUUGUCAAAAUGGAAUAAAUUACCUAAAUCAGUUGAAUAGUUUAGUGGAAACAAAUCAAAGUAUUGUUCCUAUCAUGCAAAAUAUGACAUCAAAGUUAUCAAACCCGAUAAAAUGUGCUUAUUUUUGUGAAAAAACCCCAAAAACUACUGUUGAGCCAAUAUGUUUAAUAUUAAAAUGGGCUGGUGAUUUAUUAAAAGAUCAAAAACCUAUUGAUCAAAUUAUUCAUCAAGAAGAAAAUACUUCAAGUCCUCAAAAUGUUGAAAAUGAUAAAAAAAAUGUAAAUGAAAAAAAAAAUGAAAAUGAUACUAAAAUGAAAGUGCAAAAUACAGAAAAGGUAUCUACAAAAUCAGCUGAUUCUGUUAGUCAACCUAAAGUUCAACAAGUUCAAGUUGAAAAAACUCUUGAAAAUCCAACGCAAGCCAUCAACAAAAAUUCAGAAAAAACUGAAGAUACCAAUGAUAAAAUUGCGGAUAAAGUAAACCCAUUACAAGAUACCAAAAAAACUGACAUCAUAACAGGCCAGUCUUCAACUGAUACUAACUCUAAGCAAAUAGAUGAUUCACCUAACGUUGCAGAAGAUCAAAACCCUGAUAAUGAUAUUAAUUCACUUGAAAACCAUCAAGCCAAAAACGGAAAUGAAAACGAUGAAGAUACAAACGAACAAGACGAUAUGGAUGAAAAAGAAGAUUUAGAUAAAGCAUCUCAAUCUCAAGGCAGAGGUAACUCGCAAGUUGAUCUGAGAAAGUUUCGUGAUUCAGCUAUGGAGGAUAUCAUUCAGCGCCAAGAGGAGGAAUCCCAUUACUUUGCUUAUUUUACAACUAUUUCUCUGAUUUGUUUCAUAUUGUAUAUUGGUUAUCACAAUAAACAAAAGUUGUUUGCCAUGAUUUUGGAAGGUAGACGUUCAAGGAGAGGUAGAGGUAGUAGAAGAAGACCAAGUACAGCGAAUUAUCGUAAGCUAGACUCAAACUUAGAAGAAGCUGUAACAUCUCAGUGUAACUCUAAUGCUACUAAUAUCAUUUAUUGAGUUGAAAUAAUUUUGAAAUUAAUUAUAAUUUGAUUUAAUUUAUAAACACAAAAUUAAGUUUUUUUUACAUCAAUAACCAAAAUAAUUUGGAUGAAAGUGGUAGUCGAAUGUUUAAGUUUAAAAACGUUUCAAUUGUGUACAGUUAUACAUUUUUUCAUUUAAAGUCAUUUACUUUUGUAAAUAAUCAAUUAAUUUUUGACUCAACAGUGCCCUUGUAAUCGAUAGUAUAUAGUAUUCUAUAGUUGUACUUAUGCAUUUUUUAUUAGAUUGAAGUAAAAACAGAACUUGUACAAUUUAUGUAAAAUAAUAACUAUUCCACUUUUGGAAGUAAGAAUUGUGAUUGCAAAAAUUUACUGAUAAUGUUAUAAUAAUUUAAAUAUUUAAUAUUAUUUAAGGUAUAAUUGUAUUAAGAUAUGUUUAAUACGUUGAUGCGUGUAAACCACAUUCAAUAGAUUGAUUGCACUAUGUAUUCAGUUUCUGUUCAAUAACAGUCAGCAAUCACGAAAUAUCAAUGAAAAUUUGUUACACAAAUUGUUCAAAAUGAAAAAAAAAACAUUACCUAAUGUUUUGCUCUAAAUCUAACCUAGUAAAAUUAUUGUUUUACUAAGUGUAAAUAAUACCUAGAGGUAGGCUUUUGUAUCACGAAACUACUUUAUAAUAAUUGAAGAUCACUUCUUAGACAAAAUAAACAAUGUUUAUUUUUCCAAGUAAAA